UCUCGAGGUUCGCCGCUUUCAACCCCUGUUCUAGCUCACAAGAAACAGAUAUCUUGACUCGUUCAGUGAAACGAAUCAAGGGAGACGAAAACCAUUCGAUCGCUGAAGAUUUUUUAAUGCAGGAACCAAUGGAGCAACCUAUCUCGUACAAGGAUAUGGUCUCCGCCCAAGAACCAGCUUCAAUUAUUUGCGACAGCUCUUCGCGUGAUGACUUCUUGGAAGAGGAUUCAGACAUGGAAGAUAAUGGGUCUAUCCCCACAAUCCUUAUCUCCAAGGAAGAAAAGAGGAAGAUUAGAUCCCCAUGGCUCAACUCGAUCAUCAUCAAAGCCUUUGGAACAGACAGAGCUGGAUAUAAUUUUAUCCUCCCAAGAAUUAAAGCUCAAUGGAAACCCAAGGCGAAAAUGGAUUAGAGGAAGCGAUCCAAAAAGAAACCAAGUACUAGCUUUAAAGCUGGCCAAUCAAAUAUUUUGAUGGAAAAACAGAGCAAUCAUCCUCAAGCAAACUCAGUGAGUGGACCCGGUGGGUUGAGAGCCGGGUCAAGGGCACCUAUUUCAAAAGGGAGCGUCAGAGUUGACAGUUCAUUAAAUGAGACUAACGUUAUUCCAAACGGUCCGAAUCCCUCUCCUCAGCAAAAGAACCAACAAUGUCCAGCUCCAAAUGGUGGUCCCAAUAUAGGAAAGGCCCAAAUACCCCUGCAAACCCAACCCAUCCACAAAGGAGACAAGGUUCAAGAUAAGAUUUCAUCUACCCUUACUCCUAGGGAUGUCAACGGGGCCCCGCGGGGCCGGGGAGUGCCUCCUUGUCCCCGUCCCCGCAAAUGGCGGGGACGGGGAUCCCCGCGGGGAUUUUUGACGGGGGGCACCCGUCCCCGUUCCUCGCGGGGAUCCCCAUUCCCCACCAAUUAAUGACAAAGUAUAUAUUUUUUACAUCAAGCAUAAAUAAAAAUUAAUUUAAUAC